AUGGCGGCCAACAACGAACAAGCAUCAACACCUUGUUCCUCCCAGCCUCACUGCAUCGUCAUACCUUUUCCAGCACAAGGCCACAUCAACCCGAUGCUCCAAUUCUCCAAACGCCUCAUCCCACGUGGCGUCCGAGUCACCCUCGUCAACACCCGCUUCAUCUCCAAAACCGUCGCCAACUCCUCCUCCUCCGCCGCCUCCUCCUGCUCUACCACCAUCCACCUCGCCACCAUCUCCGACGGCUUCGACGAAGGUGGACGCGCCGCCGCAGAGUCCAGCGACGCCUACCUCUCCAGCUUCCAGACAGCCGGCUCCCAAACUCUCUCCCAGCUCAUCACCGACCUCGGCGAAACAGAGUGCCCUGCCACCUGCAUAAUUUACGACCCUUUCAUUCCGUGGUGCCUCGGACGUCGCGAAACGGUUCGGGCUGACGGCGGCGGCUAUCAGGGGAAAACGGAAGUUUUUCACCACUGCAGCUGCAAUUCAAAUCUCCAACGGUCAACAAUGGAGCGACGUCGUCUACAAGAGGGAAGGAGACGAUCCAAAGCGACACCGUUCCAUCAUCAGCAGAGUUAA